CUAUUUCUCUCCUGACUGUAGUCCCUCCAUCCAUGGCUAUUUUUUCUCUCUGCAGGUUAUAACCAUCAGAUGAGCAGCCUCUCUUCCAAGAUCACGGCUAAGAACUCCCACCUCAAGAUGUUUCCCCUCAACUUCACUAUCACCAACAUGUUCUACACAGAAGACAUGGGUGAGAGAGGCUCCAACAAAUUCAACACCACUAAGAAUGCCCUACAGUUUGUGGUUAUAACUGCAAGAUGCCAACCUCCUCCACAAGCAAUCCUUCAACAACUGCACUCUCUCCGACCAUUCCUCUUGUCCAGUCGUCUCUGUCCUCUGGCACCACAGGUACUGUCCUCGCUGUUGGGACUGCAGAGAUAAAAACAAGACAGACCCUGUCCUUGAGGAGCUUCCAUUCCGUGGAGGGAAACAACGUACAUAAAUACAAAAUAUGUACAAAUGAAUUGGGGGGCACUAAAAAGUGGGGUGACCAGGCAUGGCAUUUGAAACAAAGGAAGUCAGGAGCUCAAGGAAGCAGAAAUGAGGAAGGUGUGCAUUUCAGCCUCUGUUGACCUAUAAGUAAAAGGCUUAGUCAUGAAUGGUUUUUGCCCUCCCCUCUCCCCCGCUAAAAAAAUACCUAAAAAAGGAAUCCACAGUAGGUCUUCCUGACCCCAAAUCUAGCACUUGUUUCACCACAACACACAGAAGCCUCUUGUAAUUACAGCUCUCAUAUACCUGCUUUCACCUUACUCACCUGGAUAGCAGCUCCUCAGGCCUUCUUGCUCCAGCAUCCAUGGUGCAUUCCCUCGCUCAAAAUAAGAGAUCACACCUUCUCCAGGAACUGGAAGUCCUGGACAUGGGGAAGCAGUUAGGGACAAGCAUGGAGAGAAACUAGUAAUUUAGUUAUCUUUAGGGAAAAGGAUGUGCUACUUCAUUUUGAGAUUUGCUCCAUUAUGUUCAUGCAUUAGUGUUUGUAAUACAAGUGACCCAAAAUAGGAUGUGCCACAUUCUCCUGCUGUACAAAGUAUUUGGAGAAACAGCCAGACUUAUAGCACCAUCCCCCACCCCACCUCUCAUCUUGUCAUCUUCCUUUCUGGCAGAAAUUCCUAACCCCAAACAGAGUAAAACAGAUUAUUGGGCCAAAUCAGCCUCAAGUCCAGGCAACAGGGCCCUUGAUAUAUCAUCUUUUGCCCUAUUCCCCUAUCUGGCUCCUCACUCCCUGAAACCUAUAGAAACCUUGCAUACUGUUCAUUCAGGGAAUGUUUGCCUCUCUGGGUGAGAGUCUUCUACUGGUAAACUCAAGAAACCCUGCUUUGUCCAAAUUCUGAUUCUUGGCCAGUCUGGUAUUUUUAGCAAUGGCAGGGGCAUGUGAGCAAGGGCAAGUCACUUAACCACAAUUGCCUCACCAAAAAAAACCCAAAAAACAUAAAACAAAAAAGAAAAACCAAAACCAAAAGUAAAUCCAAUACUCUUGGCCCUUUAAAAGGAAAUAUUCUCCACAAAUUCAUAUAUCCCCUUACAAAGACAUGUGGUGACAAUUUCUGGCUCUGAACAACUUACUUCCUUAAGAGCGCUGAAAAGUCUCCUUUUUGAGGCCUCUCAGAUAAAAAAGCUACCCUAAGCAUUUCACCCUCCUGAGAGUUUCAGGCUGAUGCAAACAGUCACUCAGGUUAGCUAAGAGUUUGGCUCAGACAACCUGGGUAAAGUGAAUCAAUGCUGACAGGGUGUGGUCAGUUUCCCCCAGGCAGAAAACCUCUAGAGUUCCAAUAAUUAAUUGAACAGUACAGGGAAACAUUUUAAGAUUUUAUAUAACAAUCUCAAAUCACAAUAACCAAUAUCUUCACCAUAGCCAAAAUUUAUGGAAGGUCAGAUUGUAUAAAGCCUUCCUAUAGGUUUAUCCUGAAAGGUGGGUGGUGUUCUAACUCUUUAUAACUUUAUUGAUUUUUAAAUCAAGGUACAAAAUUUCCAUUUUCAAUUUUUCUACCCAAAAACUUCCACACACCUUCUUAACAUGUUUAAACCAUCUGAAGCUGGCACAAAGGAACCCAAACAUUCAUGCAGGGAUGGGGCUCAGAGCACAUGGGCCCAAUGCAGAUCAUCCCGCCCCAUCUACUCCCAAACCAUUUUUUUCCUGCCUGUCAUAUUUUCACACAAACCGAAAUAUUCCUCUUUCCUAAUCUUCCAAACCCAUUACUCAGACUACUUCCACCUUCCUUCACAUUACAAAUUUAAAAAAUUCUGCUCAUCCCACUUGCAGUCCUGCUUCCCUUCACCCUGUUAGAAUCUAGAGGAAGUUAAUGUCUAACAAUUUACAAAUCAAGAGAGCUGUAGUUUCCCCAUACUCUUCACAAAUAGCUUUUAUAAUGUUAAUGCUUAAAAGACAAGAAGACACCCACAUUUGCAGCUCCAAACACAUUGCUCUGAUAUCAGACACAUUCGCAGAAGGGGUGCAAAGACAUUUUUCUAGAUUUAAUUUAAACAUAAAAUAUAAACUCUAGCUUUGAGAUCUGAUUAAACCUGAAUUCAAACCCCUUAGCUUUUCCCUCUCUCAGCCUUUGCUCUAGAUCUUUAUCAGUAAAAACUGCAGGUUGCACCUUCCCCUAACUUCUGAGAGUCUCUUAAUCUCCCACUCAAAGCCUAAGGUGGGAGUUCUUUCUUUUUUCUCUCUCAGCCCUUCAUGUUAAAUCUUUCACCACAAACAUGAAACAUUUUACAAACACACAGAGACAGAAACAGCUUGACAAGACAAAGUGCACACAAAUCUAAUUUUCUUGUUGGCUUUUUAGGCUUAGUUUGUUUUUAAGAUAAAAUAACCUUGACUGGUCAAAAGAACCCCAUCAUAGCCAACAUAAUUUGGGGCUAUCUUUAGUUCACUGACACCAGCGCUGAUCUUUUUCUUAUCUUUCUGUCUAGUACAGGUUGUAUCUUCCCAGGAUUUUAACAUCCUCCCUAAGGGACUCUUUGGAGGAAUGUUCACAGGGGUCUGUUAUUUCCCCCUGGUUUCCCUGGCACCUUUGAAUUUUCAUUUUCUGUCUUACUCAUUUGUCCAAAACUUCUCAUGCUCUGGUGUGCAAACACACACUCAGUCUCCAGAACACAGUAAUGAUGUGGUCUAGAGGUUAGGAGUCCUGGAAUCCCAAAAUCACGACACCCAGGUCCUGCCCAAAAGAAUUCAUCC